UUCGAUUCGUAAACAUAACCUCAAAUCAACCUGUCAUGAAUAUGUCAAAAAGGUCAAAAAUAUGUAUCUUUUGGUUUCCUUAAUUGAUUGUUUUUAAGAUAAAAUAAUUAAUUCCAUGUUAUAAAAAUGAGUGAUCACGAUAAUGAAGCUGUGAUAAAGAGGUAUCGACGAAACACCCACGAAAAUAGUGGGUCCGAUUCUGACGAUAAUUAUGUUCCUUAUAUACCUGUAAAAAUUCGCAAACAACAACAACUUACAAAACUCGGAAGACUUGGACAAUUAAAAGACGAGGCUUCAUCGGCUGGUGGCGGUAAAAGUAGUAGUGAAAAUGAAAAAGAUGACGAUGAAUGUGAUAAUCAGCUUUUUUGGACUCGACGAUCCAAUAAAUCUCUUCUCGAUCAGCACACUGAGUUAAAAAAAUUAGCCGAAGCCAAGAAAGAAAGUGCUUUGGAGAGACAACUGAAAGAAGAGGAGAAAAUUUUGGAGAGUGUAGCGGAAAAUAAAGCCCUUAUGGGAGUUGCGGAAUUAGCUAAAGGUAUUCAGUACGAGGAUCCAAUAAAAACAAGUUGGAAACCACCAAGAGCUGUGAUAUAUUUGGGUGAAAUUCGUCACGAGAGAAUUCGUCAAAAGCUGAGGAUUUUAGUCGAAGGCGAAGAUGUACCGCCACCAUUAAAAAGUUUCAAGGAAAUGAAAUUUCAUCGUGGUAUUUUAAAUGGUUUGGAGCACAAAAGAAUUAUUAAACCAACUCCAAUUCAAGUUCAAGGCAUUCCAACAGUAUUAUCGGGUCGCGAUAUGAUUGGAAUAGCGUUUACAGGUAGUGGUAAAACUCUCGUAUUUGUUCUUCCUCUCAUUAUGUUCUGUUUGGAACAAGAGACAGCUAUACCUUUCGGAAGAAACGAAGGACCAUACGGACUGAUUAUAUGCCCUUCUCGUGAGUUGGCGAAACAAACUUUCGAUAUCAUUCAACAUUAUACACAAAGUUUGAGACAAGCAAAUUGUCCUGAAAUUCGUUCGUGUCUCGCUAUCGGCGGAGUUCCUGUUUCCGAAUCUUUAGAAGUCAUUAACAAAGGCGUUCACAUAAUGGUCGCAACACCAGGUCGCUUGAUGGAUAUGUUGGAUAAGAAAAUGGUUAAACUAAGUGUUUGUCGAUAUCUUUGCAUGGAUGAAGCUGAUCGUAUGAUUGACAUGGGAUUCGAAGAGGAUGUGCGAACUAUUUUCUCUUUCUUUCGGGGUCAAAGGCAGACAUUGCUUUUCUCAGCGACAAUGCCAAAAAAGAUACAAAACUUUGCUCGUUCGGCAUUGGUAAAGCCAGUGACUAUAAAUGUGGGUCGUGCAGGUGCUGCAUCCAUGAAUGUCAUUCAGGAAGUUGAAUAUGUUAAGCAAGAAGCCAAAAUUGUAUAUCUUUUGGAAUGUUUACAAAAAACUCAUCCACCCGUUCUUAUAUUUGCGGAAAAGAAACAAGAUGUCGACGCAAUUCACGAAUAUCUUUUAUUAAAAGGAGUCGAGGCCGUUGCGAUUCAUGGAGGAAAAGAUCAAGAAGAGAGAUCUCGAUCGGUGGAGGCUUUUCGAGCUGGGAAGAAAGACGUUUUAGUAGCAACAGAUGUCGCUUCUAAAGGUCUCGAUUUUGCUGAUGUUCAACAUGUAAUUAAUUACGACAUGCCUGACGAUGUUGAAAAUUAUGUCCAUCGAAUCGGAAGAACUGGACGUUCUGGUCGUACUGGCAUUGCAACGACUUUCAUCAACAAAGCAAAUGAUGAAUCAGUCUUAUUGGACUUGAAACAUUUAUUAAUGGAAGCAAAACAAAAAGUACCGACCUUCCUGUUGGAAUUGUGCUCUGAAAACGAGAAAUAUCUCAAUUUGGGAGAUGAAAGAGGUUGCAGUUAUUGUGGUGGUCUUGGUCAUCGAAUUACCGAGUGUCCAAAACUGGAAGCUAUCCAAAACAAACAGGCGUCGAAUAUUGGUCGUCGUGAUUACUUGGCCAGUAAUGCUGCUGAUUAUUAAAUUCUCAAUUUCUAAACACAGGUAAACGGCAGCACAAUUCACAAGCCUUCGUUGCAGGAUCGUUUGGCCCUGGUAUGCACUGACAGGAUUCCAAGCCGUAAGCUAGACAAAUGCUGCCCGUGCACUCCUGAAAAUAUAAAAGAAGCUCUCAUUCUUUGCAGUCAACUCAUGAGAAUCGAGGAUGAUCGUUUUCAAUGCGGUGAAGAAGGAGGAAAAAAAAUUAUCAUCAAUUUUUCCCAAUGCUUUCUCACACAAUAGAAAUAAAUUUUUAUAUUUCAUAUAAA